CGUAUACCUGCAAAAGUUUCAGACCGCUUCAGACGCUUCCGUUAUAAAGUAUCAAAAGUUGUUAUAUUUUUCAUCUCAGUGAUCUAUAAUCAGUGACACCGUGAUUAAUAUUUUAUUAGUAUAUAUUAUUAUAAUACUAAACUAUUGAUAAUUAAAUAUAAGCAAAUAAUUCUAAAAUAAAUUUAAUUGGAAGAAUUGAGUUCCAAGUAUUUGCGUUGUUGUUGAAUAAGAUGGAAAUUUUAGGUUAUUCCCACUGCCAACAGCAUCAAGUGAUUUAUAAAUGGGAAGUUAAUGAAAUAACAUCAUUCAUUGAGUCUGCUAAAAACGAGGAAGAGACAGUAAAGCUUAACUCAUCAAACUUUGCUACUAAUGAUAAGACUGAAAAUUCAUGGUAUUUACAACUGAGUCUAUCAAAAGAAAAGGAAUGGGUAUCACUAUUCCUGCUACGCAAUAAUGGGAAAAAUAAAGUAAGAACAGAGAUUUCACUAUUUCUAUUAAACAGCAGAAAUGAUAAAAAAUUUCAAAAAACUGCCUUCAUAACUUACGACUUGAAUAAAUCGUACGGAACGGAACAUUUUCUUGAAAUAAAAGAGUUACUGAUAAAUAAAGAUGAUCUUAUACCAAAUAACACCUUAACUGUAUGUGCUGAACUAACUGUUUAUGACGAUUAUAAAUCAAUUACUACUGAUUAUCCGAUGCGAAAACGACAGCGUAAAAUAACUGAUGAUCUGAAAGAACUCUUUGAUACCAAAAUAAACAGUGACGUUAUUUUCGUUGUGGGUAAUGAAAAAUUUAAAGCUCACAAGUUUAUACUGUCAACUCGAAGUCCUGUAUUUUCCGCAAUGUUCACCCAUGAGAUGAAGGAAAAAAAAGUCAGUGAAGUUACUAUACCUGAUAUAGAUCCCAAUAUUUUCAAUAAAAUGUUGGAGUUUAUUUAUACCGAUGAGAUAAAUAAUUUAGAUAUCGAUGCUGUGUAUUUAUUAGAAGCCGCAGAUAAAUACCAGCUGCUGAACCUAAAAAGUUUAUGCGAAGAAUCGUUACCUAAGUCAGUCAGGAUUGAUAAUGCAAUUAAACUGAUGAUUUUAGCAGAUCUGCAUAAUGCUAAUCAAUUGCUGGAGUUUAUUUUUGAAUUUAUGAUAAAAAAUAUCAAAGAUAUUACUAAAACUCCAGAGUACGAAGUAUUAGGAAUAACUAAACCAUUGUUAUUAUUAAAAUUAAUCAAGAAAAUAGCAAACUUCAAUGAAAAUCAAUGCAUCAACAAACGGAAAAUAUUUGGUACACCAGGAGCUAUUACCGGAAAGAAGGCGGUUCGAGCGAUUCCAAGAGGACAAGAUUUGCGUGGAAUGACUAGUUAAUAUUUUGAUAUUUUAUUUUUGACCUUUCGUUACUCGCGUCCACUCGCCCGGCGAUUUUCAUCACGCGGCGAGCACUGUGCCGCCCAUGCUAAAGGAAAUGCGACGUUGCCAAAUUAUAAUGCUAUGAUAAAUUAUUUCUUACAGUAACAACAGUAAGUUUGCCAACGUGGUCACAAAAAUUGAACCGACGAUUUAACUCGUAUAAUGAGCACUGUGCCGCUUUCUCACAUUCUCGUAAUACAUAAAUAUACUUCUUUUAUAUUUAAAAUGGAUAUUUAUCAAUUAUAAUCAUAUUUAACAAAAAUAUAGAUUUCAAAAAGAAAAUUGGUUAAGUAUUAAAUCACAAAUACCUAUACAGUAAUUUUUAUUGCAAUUUUAGUCAAAAAGGCGGCGUCACGCUCAUAGCGCAAGUAACGAAAGGUUAAAAUGAUUAAUACUUGUGUUGUAAAUCUAAUAAUUUUUAGUUUUAGAAAAUAAGAUUUUAAUACAUACGAUACCUCCUGUAUCUGAAUAUACUAUUUUUAGAUUAAGAAUUAUAAUAGACAUUACAGUAUAAAUGUCUUUUAAUUUUUUUCAAUACUCAGUAAAAAUUAAUUCAUAUAAAGUAACAUUAUUUUAUCUUCAGUUUUUUAACUUACGAUCAAAUGUAAGUUUAAAGAAUUCCUCAGUGUCGAUUGUGGAAUGUAGAACUUUUUAUACUUUUAUAUCUUUUUGU